AUGAAUACAACUGUCGAAUAUCCAAGCAAACUAUUUGAUGAAACUGAUGACGAAGAGGAUAAUGAUACCGAGACAAGUAAUACUGAUGCGACUGAAUACAAUAAUAUGAAAAGACUAAAUAAGAAGGAAAUCACUUAUCCGCUCAUUUCGACUAGACAUCAUGAACACUUGACUAGUAUCUACAAAGUGGAUUCUCAACUGGAUUUUGGUCUACAAGUAAUCGGAGCUGGACUAAUGCGUUCCGGAACAACCAGUCUUAAAUUCGCUUUGGAGUACUUAUAUAAGAAACAAUGCUAUCAUAUGAGAGAAUUAGUACUUAAUAUUCGUGAACCACAUAUCAAAUUAUGGUUGUGGGUAAUAAAACAAGAUAGAGAGAAGAAAGAAAUACCUAAGCAGUUUUGGUCAUAUAUCUACAAUGAUUUUGUGGCUGCAGUUGAUUAUCCAACUGCCGGGUUUUAUAAGCACUUGUCAAAGAUUUAUCCAAACGCAAAGAUUAUUUUAACUAUUCGUGAUCCAGAUGAUUGGGUUAAAAGCUGUCGCGCAACUACAUUGUCAGAGACAUUGUAUACAAAACCAUCACUUGGAAACCGCAUUAUUCAUAAACUAACUGGUUUGCAGAGUUUGUAUAAGUUGCAUUAUCGAAUGUUUCAACAGACGUUAGGAAGAUGUUUUUACAAAAGGACCGAUGAACAGUUGAAAAAUAUCUAUACUAAUUGGAAUGAGGAGGUUAUUAAAAGUAUUCCUUCUGAUCGUCUAUUAGUAUUUGACUCAAGCCAAGGUUGGAAACCAUUGUGUGAAUUCCUAGGCUUUCCUAUUCCACCAUCGGAUAUACCAUAUCCACAUUUAAACGAAAGAAGCAUAAUGAUCCAGGCAAUUGACAGGCUACAACUUCCUGGUCGAUGGAUUGACCGCUUUCUGUGCAUAUGUCGAUAUUUACUAAUACCAAUGUUCACUGGCAUUAUAUACUUGCGUUAUAGUGAGGCAAUUUAUGAGACGGUGUUGUCGAUGAUCCAACUGCAUCGUACACGUUUUUUCCCAAACAGUUGA